AUGGAAGCCAAGCCUAGAUCGACCAGCGUGAAAAGCACGAAAAGUGACAAAAGUAGUCCAGCAACUGCAGCAGCAAGUGGAGAUAAGAAAGAAGGUUCCAUAAAAGAGCAACCAAAUCCAACUCCUAAGAAAACAACAGUGGAGACUGUACAAGUCAAUCAGGAUGGAGCAAAAGCCAGUGGAGGAGCUGAGCCUCAAGGGGUCCCAAGCUCAUUAGAAAAUAAGGGGACUGAGGAGGAACAGGAAGCCACUAAUGGUGUUUCAGAGGGGUCAGGAAUCGAAGGCCUGAAGCCUUUUCUGGUAGCAGCAGGAGUUGCUGUGGCUGCAAUAGCUAUUAUUGUUGGAGCUGUGUUCCUAGCACGAAAAAAAUAA